AUGUCAGUUGUGGAGCUGAAAGAGCUUCACAUGGCUGCUUCAGAUUCUGUCAAUGAUCUUAGAGAACGAUUGAAGCAGAAGCGUCUUCAGCUUCUUGACACCGAUGUGGCCGAGUAUGCUAGGUCGCAAGGGAAGAGUCCCGUUAGCUUUGGCCCAACCGAUCUGGUUUGUUGCAGAACCUUACAGGGCCACACCGGGAAGGUAUAUUCACUGGACUGGACUUCAGAAAAGAAUCGCAUUGUCAGUGCAUCCCAAGAUGGGAGGUUGAUAGUGUGGAAUGCUCUCACAAGCCAGAAAACACAUGCAAUUAAGCUACCUUGUGCGUGGGUCAUGACAUGUGCAUUUUCUCCGAAUGGGCAGUCUGUCACCUGUGGUGGCCUCGAUAGUGUAUGCUCCAUCUUCAACUUGAAUUCUCCCUCCGAUAAAGAUGGGAACCUACCGGUGUCAAGAAUGCUCAGUGGGCAUAAGGGUUAUGUAUCAUCAUGUCAGUAUGUUCCGGAUGAAGAUACUCACCUAAUAACCAGUUCUGGUGAUCAGACAUGUGUUUUGUGGGAUAUAACUACAGGCCUUAGAACAUCUGUUUUUGGCGGUGAAUUUCAAUCCGGCCACACUGGUGAUGUGCUGAGUGUCUCUAUCAAUGGAUCAAAUUCAAGAAUGUUUGUGUCUGGGUCUUGUGAUACAACUGCCCGUUUGUGGGACACUCGUGUUGCAAGUCGAGCAGUCCGAACAUUUCAUGGUCACGAGGGAGAUGUUAAUGCUGUUAAGUUCUUCCCAGAUGGAAAUAGAUUUGGAACUGGUUCAAAUGACGGAACUUGCAGAUUGUUUGACAUUAGGACUGGACACCAGCUUCAAUUGUACUAUCAGCCGCAUGAUGAUAAUGGUGUUCCUCCUGUGACUUCCAUUGCAUUCUCCAUAUCAGGCCGGCUUCUCUUUGUUGGGUACUCCAAUGGUGACUGCUAUGUUUGGGACACUUUAUUGGCAACGGUGGCUUUGAACUUGGGAUCUCUUCAAAACUCUCAUGAGGGUCAGAUCAGCUGCUUGGGAUUUUCAGCUGAUGGGAGUGCCUUGUGUACAGGAAGUUGGGAUACAAACCUGAAGAUUUGGGCUUUUGGAGGGCAUAGGAGGGUGAUCUGA